AUGCGGAAGGCCAAAGACGAGCGUAUUAGAAUUGCAGCGGCGUUCUUCCGUAAUAGUUUCGAUGAAGACGACGAUGAAGGGAAAGAGGACAAAGCCGCGCUAACAAAAGAAUCGGAAAAGAGAUUUGUUUCUUCUGAUGGCGAUUCGAUAAAAGUCAAAAGGAAGACUAACAUUACAAACGCGGAGAUUUCUUCAAAAGUGGUCGCAUCUGGUGUUGAACUUUCGGCCUCCUCUUUAGACGGCGCGGCGCGCGUGAGAGAUCGCAUUUUUAAACGCUCACAAUCGUUCGAAAACUGUAGUUCGUUACCCAGCAAUGUGAACGAGUACGCGAUAUCAGAUUGUCGUAAUGCAAAAGAAAAAUACAAUAGGGACAGUGAUGUGAUUUCGAAAGUUGAAACACGAAGCUUGACAGUGCCGAUAACGGAUUCCGAUGGUGUCUUCCCUUCGCUCAAACACGAAGAUGUCAUUACGAAGGAAUCAUCCGCGAGGUUUCAACCUUCAUCAAUCGGAGACUACCCAAUGCAUCCUCCUAUGAAAUCAACUGCUAUGGCUAAAUCGAAGCAGUCUCAAUUGAUGCCUGAUUUCUUAAAGGUUCCUUCAAGAUCUAGCGAUCAACACUUUUGUUUCUCAACAUUAUCAGAACGAUCGACAAGUAUGAAAGAACGCUCGAAUAUCGAGAAAAUACAUAAUACAGUGCCACAACCAUUGAUAGCCGUUAUUCGAGACAGUUUCGACGAGAAAUCCAGCGGUGGUCGCAGAUUAACGUUGCCGAUGACGAGCUCUGAUUUGAACCAAGCCUUACUAAACCCUACGACGGAGAUCAGCCAGAAGUCACCGACCUUUGACGAUAUCUUAGCUGGCACCAGCGUGAACCCAAUUCGGAAGUCCAGCAUUGCAAACGCAGCUAUCUGUUCGAGUCUGGCUCCCAGUUUGCUCGGAGCUAUUCCCGGUGUGCCGAAUUCUCUCUUACCGAAUGGAGAUUACAAUCUGCAGCGAAGUGCCACAUUGUCGAAUCUGUCAACCACCUCUACCAGCAUCAGCGACGACAUUUCCAUUGGUAGAACGCGUCGCAGAUUAAGGUCGUUUCUUCGUCUUCAUAUACCUGAGUCGCAUCCCACGACUUGGCACGACGAGGACUACCAUCAUCAUUUGCACAAUCAUCACCAUCAUCAUCAUCAUGUGUUCCCGCACAUUCACGUACCCACCAUCACCUUCACAACGCCAGCCACCGAUGGUAUCGGUCGCAAAUUUAACUUCGCCAUCCGAAGGCAUUCACAGGCGACAUUGCAUCGGACUGACUCGAUGGUAUCGCUUUGUUACCGAUCACUCGCGAGCUAUAUCUCAGAUGAUAAUCUCGUCGGACUGCAGAGCUUUCUCGAAAAUAAGCGAGUGCAGGUCGACGACAGAGAUGAAAACGGUAGUACCGCCCUCAUCCUUGCAGCAACCAAGGGAAAAAUACACUUUGUCCGAGAGCUCAUCAAUCAUGGAGCGGAUGUUAAUGCUGAAGACGCAGAUAAUUGGACGGCGUUACUGUGUGCAGCGAAGGAAGGCCACACCGAAAUUUGUCUCGAAUUGCUCGAACACGGCGCCAAUUUGGAACAUCGAGACAUGGGUGGAUGGACAGCACUCAUGUGGGCGACGUACAAGGGCAAGUCGGCGACGGUGACGAUGUUGCUGGGGCGCGGAGCUGACGUCAACGCGCAUGGAAAUUUUCAUAUAUCCUCGUUAGUAUGGGCCGCUGGCAGGGGUUAUAUUGAUAUAGUCAAAGAUCUCAUUGCUCAUGGAGCAAAGGUCAAUGUCGGCGACAAGUAUGGCACAACGGCACUUAUAUGGGCAUCGCGCAAGGGAAAUAUAGAAAUCGUUGAUAAUCUUCUUAAAGCUGGGGCCAAUGUCGACACAGCAGGCAUGUAUUCAUGGACUGCUCUGGUCGUGGCAACCCUCGGCAAUCACGUGGAGGUGGUAUCGCUACUAUUGGAGCACAAGCCCAACGUCAACGCUCUAGACAAGGAUGGUUGCACCGCCCUAGCUAUUGCCUGCCGUGAAGGCCAUCACGAAAUAGCGAACGCUCUUUUAAAUGCCGGCGCUUACGUUAAUAUUCAGGAUCGAGCUGGUGACACGAAUUUGAUCCAUGCGGUUAAAGGUGGCCAUCGGGGUGUGGUGGAAUCGCUGCUAAAGAAAUAUGCGGACGUCGACAUUGCUGGAAAGGAUAAAAAAACCGCAACUUACAUAGCAGUAGAGAAAGGCAAUAUACCAAUACUCAAAUUAUUACUAAACGCUAACCCAGACCUGGAGAUUGCCACGAAAGACGGCGACACGCCUUUAUUACGGGCGGUGAGGUCGCGUAACGCCGAAAUCGUGCAAUUGCUUUUAGACAAGAAAGCCAAGGUCUCGGCUACGGACAAGAAGGGCGACACUGUACUGCACAUAGCGAUGCGCGCGCGAUCAAAAGCGAUCGUCGAGAUACUACUGAGGAAUCCAAAAAAUAGCCAGUUAUUGUACCGUCCGAAUAGACAAGGCGAAACCCCCUACAACAUCGAUGUCAAUCAUCCCAAGACGAUGCUUGGUCAGAUAUUCGGUGCUCGGCGCUUAAAUACUAACGAGGACAAUGAAAACAUGCUGGGUUACGAUUUAUACAGCAGUGCACUGGCAGACAUUCUCAGUGAACCAUCGCUUUCUACACCAAUUACUGUUGGUCUUUAUGCUAAAUGGGGCUCUGGGAAAUCAUUUUUGCUAAACAAAUUAAGAGAGGAAAUGAAGAACUUUGCACGACAAUGGAUCGAUCCAGUAUUCCAAUUUUCUUCCUUACUCUUUUUAGUAGUUAUUCACGUAUCCUUACUUGUGGGUAUCACACUUGGCCUCGGUUUACAAUCGUGGAUCAUUGGUCUAUCAUCUGGAAUAAGUUUACUAGUUGUCAUUUAUAUUUUUCUGAUACUCGUCUGGUAUGCCAACAAGAGAUACGAUUGGUACUGGCCGUAUAAUCUGACAGUAGCGCUUACCACCAAGUUGAACGCUCUAAAACUGCUAUUACAAGUGAUCUUUUGUCACCCACCAGGCAGCCAAUGUCACGAUGGCAUAGCAGUGCAGCCGAUAAAGUUUUACUUCACAGAUCAAACCCGUGUGGGUACGACUGCUGCCGGUGAGAACGCGGUUGUGCAAAUGGUGGGCUCAUUGUACGAUUCCAUUGAGAAUGAUUACGGUUCUCUACCUACCAGAUUAUACAGAGCAUUUCGACCAAAACCGGAUAAAUCGACCACUACGUGGAAAUGGAGACGUUUAUGCUGCUUGCCUUACGUAGUCAUAUUUGAAUUCUGCUUAUGCAGUUUGCUCGUCGGUAUUUCGAUACUUACGGUGUACCUCAUAGAUCUUUCCAACGAUGAAUCCACGAUAGAGCGAGUUACUGCUCACAUUAUCAUGAUAUCGAUCGCUUUGGUAUUGGCCAUCAGUAUAAUAGCAAAUUUGUACACGUGGAGUAGAACACUGCAGGCAUUGUUUUUUUCACAGAGGAGGCAUCUUCAACGUAGUAUAUCAAAAUUAGAAACUCUAAAGAGCGAAGGGUUCAUUCAGACUUUAAAAAGUGAAGUCAAUUUAAUGACGGAAAUGGUCAAGUGCUUGGAUAGUUUCAUGGCUCAACAAAGUAGACUAGUUGUCAUAGUGGACGGUUUGGAUAGUUGCGAACAGGAUAAAGUUCUACUCGUUUUGGAUGCUAUACAGGCCUUAUUUAGCGAUAACGGAUAUCCUUUUGUCGUAAUACUCGCAAUUGAUCCACAUAUUAUAUCUAAGGCGGUAGAAGUAAAUAGCAGAAGACUAUUCUCGGAAUCGAAUAUCGGUGGUCAUGAUUACUUGCGAAAUAUGGUGCAUUUGCCAUUCUACUUGCAAAAUAGCGGUUUACGUAAAGUCAAGGUUGCGCAACAGACUGCUCAGCAUUACAAAAAGACUGCAUGGACGGAGGCUGAGGAGAGUGUUAACUAUACUGCAACCAGCACUAUGCAUCACUCUGUAUCGAGUAGAAGACUCAGCACGGAAUCGGCUAUAAUGAACAGCAACGAAAAAUUGAAACCCCAAACUAGAAAGGGCAGUAGAAAGAUGCGAUUAAGUGAAUCGAUCGCUAGCAGUAUUGGCAGCAAUUUGAACCGACUGGGCGGCGCACAAGAUCUCAAUAAGAUGCUGCUCACCGAUGAUUACUUUAGUGAUGUGAAUCCUCGUAGUAUGAGAAGAUUAAUGAAUGUCGUUUAUGUUACCGGACGGUUACUUAAAGCAUUCCAGAUUGACUUCAACUGGUAUCAUUUAGCUAGUUGGAUUAACAUUACCGAGCAAUGGCCUUUUAGGACAUCUUGGCUUAUUCUUCAUUACGACAUGUAUGAGGAGACUAUGGAUGAUAAUAUGUCACUUAAAAGUCUUUACGAUAAAGUACGACCGCAAAUUCCGGUACUGAAAGAGGUGCAACCACUUCUCGAAAUAGAUAGAGACGAACGCAAGCUGGAUGUUUUUCUCACUUUCCAUCGGUCCAGCUUACUCAUUAGUGAUAUGAAAAUAUUCUUGCCUUUCACUAUUAAUCUAGAUCCAUAUAUUAAGAAAAAAAUUAAAGAGGAGCAACAGAGUAUAGAGGAAGACACGAAUCUAUUUCAUAAACAAAGUGGUACUUGGCACGGUCACGGUGUUCCAUUUGAGUGGGCUCCGCAAAAAAACAUGUCUGCGAAUCGACAUGCGAAACUUGUCAAGCAAUCGAGUUUGCAGGGAUCCGUGCCACCAACGCCAUCGUGGGGUUAUCAGCCAAGUUUCGAAUGGCAAGCUCCGCCAACUUGGAUGCAAAUGCCUUUCAUGGAACCAAUGGCAAAACCACUUUCCGUAACGACUACGUUACCGUCCGAAAUUUUGGAAAUAAAACUAUCGUCCUUAUCAAUGAACGGAGUUUGUGAUCUGAUCGACAAAAUUGAAAGUCUUAAUUCGGUACAAGCACCGAUAUAUAAGCAAGCUAUCAAAGAGAAUAAUAUUAAUGGACGAGUUUUAUUACACUGCGAUUUGCAAGAAUUGAAAAAAGUAUUUAAAAUGACUUUUGGAGAUUGGGAAUUAUUUCGCAUGGUAAUUGUAUCAUUACGGGAAAUGGAACUCUCGUCGUUUACAUACGAGGAAGGUCGAAGUGUUCGAUUUACCGUAGGAUCUGAACAAGUUUUACGCAAAGAUCACGCCUUGCCAAAUAAUUCCAUACGUGUGUCUACUCACGUGGAGAAAGAGAAAGGAACAUCGAGAACAGAUGGAUCAACUCGUCGUGAUCAAAAUAAGCAAUCUAUUAUGGAAAAACAGGUAACAUUAGAGGAGCAAAUGAUUUGCGGAGCACUGCAGACCUUAAAUGAGGAAGCUUGCGAGGAUGUUUUAGAUGUGCCAUCGCCAGCGGUGGCACCAACGACAGACUCACUUUCUUCAGGACCUGUCAUUUCGGUACACGAUACGGAGUAUGUACUGCUUCAAGCCAGUCCGCUGUUUCACUGGAUACCAAUUAGCGACGAGCCGGGCAGCUCGGAUGACGACUCUACCAUGUUCCUUCAACGUACCAACUCCCAGCGCAGCAUUACAUCUCAACGUAGUACGAGAUCCGCUUGCUCACAUAAGACCCUAAAAAGAAGCGGCAGCAACAUUAGCACUAGACCGUCUUCGCUAUUUGUUUCCCCGCCUUCAUCGCCGAAGCCUGCGAUUAGAUCGAAGUCAACCGACGAGAAGUGUAUGGGAAAUAACAUAUCUCAGAAGACCAUGCCAUCAUCGGUAUCCAUCAAGAGACGCUCAUCUUCGACGUUUAAUGAUGAAGUGGUGAUAUCGGUGCCUACUUCCAGCCUGGAGAAGUUGUCAAGGUUAAAGGACCGUUUAAUUGGUACCGCGCCGACAGCGGGAUCCCCGGCACUCGGUGGCGAGAGCGAUGACGAAUCCACGCCACUAGUAUCUGAAAUAUCCACACCUACGCAUUCCCAAUCGGACAGCGUGUUUAAACAUGACUGCAGCGCAGAGAAUAGCAGUUCGCCGUCAUCGAACAGGAGUCUACCACGGGAUGGAGAACGUCGGAUGAACCUAGAUUACUCUGAUACUGUGAGUCUUGUGAUACACGAGUCCUCGAACGCUCAAUCGCAAUCUCGGCAUAACGUCAAGACGUGGGACGACACAGAGACGCCUGUCUGACACCUGUCAUCUUCUAUAUAAUAACACGCGAUAACACGCGAUAAUUCUGCGCAUUGUAUGUUUAUUUGAUGUAGAUACCAAUGUGAUGAAGAUG